AUGGGAAGAGUGCCAUGCUGUGAGAAGGUAGGGUUGAAGAAAGGACCAUGGACUCCAGAUGAAGACAAGAAGCUCCUGGACUACGUUCGGAAGCAUGGCCAUGGAAACUGGCGUUCAGUGCCUGCCAAAGCCGGUCUUGAAAGAUGUGGAAAGAGUUGCAGAUUGAGGUGGAUUAACUAUCUCAAACCUGGUAUCAAACGAGGAAACUUCAGCGAGGAGGAAGACCGUACCAUUCUUCAACUUCAUGCUCUUCUUGGAAACAGAUGGUCAAUCAUAGCAGCUCACCUUCCCCAAAGAACCGACAAUGAGAUCAAGAACUAUUGGAAUACCAACAUCAAAAAAAGACUCAUCAGAAUGGGCUUAGAUCCCAUUACCCACAAAACAAUUAAGCAGAACACGAUUGAACCCUUUGGUGGUGGCCAUGACCAGUCCAAGGACACCACCAAUAUCAGCCACGUGGCUCAAUGGGAGGGUGCUCGACUUGAAGCUGAAGCCAGAGGGUCUCAGUUGCAAGUUAUUGGAUCCGGAUCUUCGCAACUCUCUGGGUUAAUUUUAAGCAAAAUUCCAACUCAACCUUGUCUUUCAUCACAUUCGGUGUCAACCGAGCACAACACAGCGUAUAACAUGUAUGCCCUCGUGCUUGCCACAACUCAUGAUUUUCGUUCAUCUAUGUCCACUCUGAGCAUUCCCACGCUUCCCGCAGUUUCUAAUAUUCCACAAAUGAAGAACACAGAAAGUUUACUUUCAUAUAAGGUGGAUAGGUUUAGCAAGGUGGCUCAUUUCAUCCCAUGCCACAAAGUUGAUGAUGCUAGCUUCAUUGCCAAACUCUUCUUUAAAGAUGUGGUUAAGCUACAUGGUGUUCCUAAAACUAUAGUAUCAGAUAGAGAUACUAAGUUCCUAAGCCAUUUUUGGAAAAUUCUUUGGUCAAGGCUAGGAACCAAGCUUCAUUUUUCAACCUCUAGUCAUCCGCAAACAGAUGGCCAAACCGAGGUUGUUAAUAGAACCUUAGGCACCAUGUUAAGAGCAAUUCUUAAAGGCAACAACAAAUCUUGGGAUGAGUAUCUUCCCCACAUUGAAUUUGCAUACAAUAGAGUGGUUCAUAAGACCACCAAGCUGUCUCCAUUUGAGGUUGUGUAUGGCUUCAACCCAAUCACUCCCUUAGACCUCAUACCUCUCCCAAAUCCUAGUGAAUUCAUUCAUAAGGAAGGGGUAUCUAGGUUCGAAUUUGUGAAGAAGUUGCAUGAAAAGGUGAAGUCCAAUAUACAACAACAAACCGAGAGAUAUAUGAUUGGGGCUGUCGUGGCCCAUACAAAUUUAAUUGCAAUUUAA